UUUUCGAUUCAUUUCCACUUCAUUUGGGAAAAUAUAAAAUAUAUAAAAUUCAUUUUCCAAAGUCAACCACAUUUUCCCCUCGAAAUUACCGUUUUUCCAGCCAUGAAUCGAGAGCAGAGUCUGACCGCCGCCUUUGGGCAGUCUGGCCAGGCGGCCGAGAAGCCAUCAUUGGAUGACCAGAAUGAUCAGCUGGAACGGCCGCAGGAGCAGAAUCAGGAUCAUGAGGAGCUCCUGGAGGAGGGCGAGCAAUCCUGGCCGGAUGUAGUACAACUGCAUCAGCCGCCGGAGCACAGUCAGCUGCUCCUCGCGGAACGCACUAGCUGCAUUGCCGUCAGGACAUACCUGCGCCUGUGCCGCCUGCCCUUUGCCGAGAAGACCAGCGUCCAUGCCGAGUUCAUGACCCAGGGCGGCCGCCUCACCGGCCUGCCCAUGCUCCGACUGGGACAGUUUGACAUUUUGGCCGAAUUCGAGCCAAUUGUGAACCAUGUGGUGACCACCAAGCCCUCGAAGGCUCUGGGCCGUUGGCUGUCGGAGGAGCAGCGCGAGGAUAUGCGCGCCAUGGUCAACUACGUGGAGACCGUCUUCACGCUGGCCGAGACCCAUCUCAGCUACGUCGAUCCCGUCAACUAUCGGCUGUACACGGCCCGGCGGAGCGGCGGCGGUCAUCCCUGGCUGCUGAGCCUGAUCCGACGAUUCUAUAAGCAGCGCCAGGCCAUGCGGCUGCUCCGCGUCUACCAGUGGCAUCAUCUCAGCGCCGACGAGGUGCUCGACGAGGUCAGCGAGUGCUGCGAAGCACUGCUGGAGCAGUUGGAGGAGCAGGGACAUGGCUGGGAGGGUUACCUGUAUGGACCGCAGCCCUGCGAGCUGGACGCAUUGGUCUUUGGCCAUGUGGUGGGUAUAAUCAACACGCCGCUGCCCAACCGGGAGCUAACCGAGCUGCUGUACACCUAUCCGCGACUUGUGGCCUUUUGCCGGCGCAUCGACGCCAGCCUGUAUGGGGGGAAGCUGCUAAACGAGAGGGAGGACUCUGGAUCUGACACCGAGGAAGAGUGUUUCCAGGAGGAGGAGCAGAGGCAGGAGGACAAGGAACAGAAAAAGGAGCACGACUAGGUUUCCAGGAGGAGCAGGAGGAGGAGCAGAGGCAGGAGGAGGAGCAGGAAGAGCAGAGGCAGGAGGUUAAGGAACAGGAGCAGGAGAAGGAGCAGUAGAAGGAGCAGCAGCUGGAGAAGGAGCACGACCAGGAGACAGCACAAAAUUAAAGGAGACGGAGGAACAAAGGA